AUGUUUGUUAAUCUCAUAAAGGAAAACUUCAGAGUUUUAUCGCGUCUGCUCAACGGAUCACUCCACACCAAAUUAGUUACCUUCUUUUUCACCGAUUUCCCUAAAGAAACUAAUGAAGCAAUUCUAUUGAAGACUUUCUCGAAGCUUAGUAGAAUAGUGGAUGUCUUCAUUGCUAAGAAGAGGAAUGUUGCGCAGAAGAGGUUCAGAUUCGUUAUGUUUUUUGGAUUCGAUAGCAUAAAAAUCUUUAAGGCGAAGUUAAACAACAUAUGGAUCAGAUGUUUUAAGCUCAGGGUCAAUAUGGCUAUGUACGGUAGGAAAAAUGGUCUAUUCGAAGAGAAAAGAAAGGAUAAUAGGAAGCAGCAGAAGCUUAAGAGAGAAAUAUUAGAAACCAAAAAGAAGGAAGUAUGUAACAACAACAGUAAAGAAGAUGACAUAAAUAAGGUCAAUGUCACAACGUCAGACAACAUGAAAAACUACAUUCAGUGCAUGUUAAUAAGAGAAGUUAGAUCAUUCGACAUGCUUAACAACAUCAAAAGAUUCAAAGAAAUGGAGGCGAUUAACGAUGUUGAGAUCUCUAAUAUCGGAGGUCUUUUCAAGCAAAUUGAGGUGGCCAGUAAGGAACAUGUGGUGGAGUUCCUAGGAAAGGCUCACUGUUAA